CCGUAUUCUUUCCCUCCCCUGAACUCCCAGCAGCCCCUUUUCCUCUCUACUGCCGUAGUCCCGUCCCAAUUCUCCGACAGAACAGCCGGAGAUGGAGACGUUGUCCCCGCCGCUGCCCCGCGUGUGCGUGACCGGUGGCGGCGGGUUCAUAGGGUCGUGGCUCGUCAAGCUGCUCCUCUCCCGUGGCUACGCCGUCCACGCCACCGUUCGCGACCCACGUGAUGCGAAGAAUACGUUCCUGAUGCAGCUGGACGGAGCUCCGGAGAAUCUGCAGCUCAUAAAGGCGGACAUGCUCGACUACGACACGGUGGCGGCCGCGUUCGACGGCUGCGAGGGCGUCUUCCAUGUCGCUACUCCGGUGCCCGAGCAAAAGAUGGUUGAUCCACAGAAAGAGAUGAUGGAUCCUGCAGUGAAGGGCACCACGAACGUACUCAAGGCUUGCUCGGCGAAGAAAGUACAAAAACUCAUCCUCGUCUCGUCCAUUGCCGCUAGUUGCUUUACUCUGGAUUGGCCUCAGGAUAAAAUCAAAGACGAGAGCUGCUGGUCAGACAAAGAGUUGUGCAGGGAGAAUGAGAACUGGUAUUCGCUUGCUAAGACAAUGGCUGAAGAAAUGGCCCUAGAAUACGGGCUGAAGAACGGACUGCACGUCGCCACAGUUUUGCCAGGUCUGGUUUUGGGCCCUCUGUUGCAACAUGUGGCAGUCAAUACCACUAGCAAGGUCCUCAUCUACAUACUAAAAGGAGGUCCCGACACAAUGAACAACAAGUUCUAUCCUAUAGUAGACGUUCGUGAUGUCGCCGACGCGUUGCUCCUGUUGUACAACAAGGCAGGUCCAUCAGAGAGAUACAUAUGCUCACUCGAUCAGAUGGACCUAAAGGAUUUGUUGGGAAUUCUGAAGACCAUGUACCCUAACUACAGUUACGCAGACAAGAUGGUUGAUGUGGAUUAUAAAGUUGAAGUGACUUCUGAUAAACUAAAGAAUUUGGGGUGGAAGCCAAGAAAGUUGGAGGAGACGCUGGCGGAUAGCAUCAAAUCUUACGAAAAAACAGGCCUUCUUCACGGUUCAAAUGGCGAACCUUGCCGACUUCCCUACUUAUACUGCAUGCCGCCUAUCCUGGAAUGAAAAUUGUACUACCAUCAUGCAUUCAUUUUGUAUUCUGCUUCAAACAUAGUUGAAUGUGUUAUGAGAAACUAAUAAGGGGAUCGGUCUGGUGUCCCGUCCUA